AUGAGUUUUCAAACAAAACAAACAAAGGUUCAACUACCACCAAUUAAAAAUUUAUUUGAUGCAUUAGAUAUAGAUGAAUUAAAUAAAACUCCACCAAUGAAAAAUAUUCAUCUUAAUGAUAUACAACCAUCAUUUAAUAAUAUACCCACAAUGAAAAUGCCAUCAUUAUCACCAUUAUUUGGUUCCAAUAACAAUAAUUAUAAUAAUAACAAUACUUCAUCUUCAUCAAAUUCUCCAUUAAAUUAUUCAGAAUAUUCAAAUUAUUACAAUUAUAUUAGACAACCAAUAAUACCUUCUUCAUAUGCAUCUGUACAUUCUCAUCUUCCAUAUCAAAAUCAUUAUCAAUCACAAAGAUAUACUGCUAAUAUUGUUGGUUCAAAUAAUAAUGAAAUUCCAAGAAGUGAUGGCCCUUCUAUUCAUAUGAAUGGAGCAGCAAGUCCAAAAAGUAUUUCUGUGGUAUUACCACCACACAUGCGUCAUUCAACAAAUAUUGGAGCACCAAUUACUUUAUCAGGUCAUUCUUCAAUUUCAACAUCGCAUCAAAAAGAAAAGAAGAGCCAUAGAAUGACAGGAAAAAGAUCAAAUUUACCAAAAGAGACUGUUAAAAUAUUAAAUCAUUGGUUAGUAAAUCAUUUAAAUAAUCCAUAUCCAACACCUGCUGAAAAAAAUGAACUUUUAAAACAAACAGGUUUAACUAAGAUUCAAUUAUCUAAUUGGUUUAUUAACGUUAGAAGAAGAAAAGUUUUUACUGAUCAUUUUGAUAAAAAUUUAGUACAAAAUAAAAUGUCUUCAUCUAAUGAAGGUUCACCAUCAGCACAGUCAGUUUAA